AUGAUCAUGGACUUCAGGAGACAGCAGAGGGUGCAUGCCCUUAUCCACAUUGACAAGACCACAGUGGAGAAGGUGGAGAGCUUCAAGAUCCUCGUCGGCUGGUCACUGGUCCUCUCAUCUAUCGAGUGGUGGUCACUGGUCCUCCUCUGUCUAGUGGAGGCAACUGGUCCUCUCAUCUAUCUAGUGGUGGUCACUGGUCCUCUCAUCUACACAGUGGUGGUCACUGGUCCUCCUCUCUAUCUAGUGGUGGUCACUGGUCCUCCCCUCUAUCUACUGGUGGUCACUGGUCCUCUCAUCUAUCUAGUGGUGGUCACUGGUCCUCUCAUCUAUCUAGUGGUGGUCAUUGGUCCUCCCAUCUAUCUAGUGGUGGUCAUUGGUCCUCUCAUCUAUCUAGUGGUGGUCACUGUGCCUCUCAUCUAUCUGGUGGUGGUCACUGGUCCUCUCAUCUACAUAGUGGUGGUCACUGGUCCUCCCCUCUAUCUACUGGUGGUUACUUGUCCUCUCAUCUAUCUAGUGGUGGCCACUGGUCCUCUCAUCUACAUAGUGGUGUUCACUGGUCCUCCUCUCUAUCUAGUGGUGGUCAUUGGUCCUCCCAUCUAUGUAGUGGUGGUCAUUGGUCCUCUCAUCUAUCUAGUGGUGGUCACUGGUCCUCUCAUCUACAUGAUGGUAACUGGUAAUCUCAUCUAUCUAGUGGUGGUCAUUGGUCCUCUCAUCUAUCUAGUGGUGGUCACUGGUCCUCUCAUCUAUCUGGUGGUGGUCACUGGUCCUCUCAUCUACAUAGUGGUGGUCACUGGUCCUCCUUUCUAUCUAGUGGUGGUCACUGGUCCUCCCCUCUAUCUACUGGUGGUCACUUGUCCUCUCAUCUAUCUAGUGGUGGCCACUGGUCCUCUCAUCUGUCUAGUGGUGGUCAUUGGUCCUCCCAUCUAUCUAGUGGUGGUCAUUGGUCCUCUCAUCUAUCUAGUGGUGGUCACUGGUCCUCUCAUCUACAUAGUGGUGUUCACUGGUCCUCCUCUCUAUCUAAUGGUGGUCACUGGUCCUCAUCUAUCUAGUGGUGGUCACUGGUCCUGA